AUGGCGGACGACGACCGGGAGACGCUUGCCGGCCAGCGCAAGAAAUCCUCGGUCGUCGGCAACAUCUCGUGUUGCUUCAACGGCGCCGGUCCCCGACACCGCCGGCGAGCCACCGUGGACGAAUCGUCCUUCUCGUGCGCGUGGUUCAAGCCAAAAUCCGGCGACUUGCCGGAGGCCAAGGGCAGGCCGUCUGGCGGCGGCGGCCGCAGAUUCUUCUCCUCUCGCCACCGCCGCCACUCGUCGGCUGACUUCAGCUAUGACCCCCUAAGCUACGCACUAAAUUUUGACGACGACAACAUGGGUUCUUCACCUUCCGACUCCGACUGGCCGGCCGUCAGUUUUUCUGCGAGACUGCCGCUCUCGCCCCCAGGGACACCGCCGCCGGGGUUCAGUAGCCACCGGCCGCCGCCAUCUCCAAGGCCAAGUGAGCUGAGGAGGGGAUUCGAGGCAUUGUCGGUGGGAGUGAAGGAGAUGAGAUCGGUAGGCGAGCAGAGGACCGUAAGGAACAACAACAACAGCAGCAACAAUAACAGCAAUGGCAGUAAGAGUGAUAAGGAAGUUGCAUCUCCUAUGGAAGUAUCUCCAAAUAAGGAGAUCUUAGUUGAGUUAUGUUGA